UCAGCUGUGAGAAAUUGAAUGUGCUGAGUUUGAUAUCUGCUUUUUAUAUAUUUUAAACAUUGCAUGUGGUUGUUGAGCGUCGCUGAUGGAUGCGGCGGAGUUCUUGAAUGAGAAGAAGGUGACGCGUGUCGUCAGCGGAGGGAAAGAUGUUGAGACAUCCCUGCUUUCCCUGCCAACGGAAAUUUUGGAACAUAUCUUGUGUUUCCUGAGUGUAGAAGAUAUUGUUUCUGCAUCACAAGUAUGCAAGAGAUUUCAUGAUAUCCAUACUUCAGAGAGAGUGUGGAGGUUUGGAUUUGAGUCCAGGUACCCUCGCCUGAUGCAGCCCUCGUGCCGGCCUGCCCUGCUGCGUGUGUUCGAACAAUGCGGCCGCAGCUGGCGUCGCACUGCGAGGUUUCGCACCUCGGCUGGCCACCACCUGCGCGCGGCCCUAGCCAAGAUGGCCGACAGAUGCUACUCGGUCGACUGCCUGCCGGACCCCGCUAUGGAAGAGUUCCGCCAGCUGGUGCCCAUCCAUGGUACCCUGUUUAAUCGCGAUGCCCUUCUGGAGAUCAUCUACCCGCGUCAACACUGUCCGGAUGAUGACCUGUCUGUGCGCUACUAUGCGCGGAUGCUGUUCCGCGAGAUCCAGCGGGACGUCGUGCUGCUGCCCCUGUUCCGGGAGUACAUGCAGCGGCCAGUGCAACAUCUGAACGUUCCCGAAGCCUUCUAUCUGAUGAGCCUCUGGAUGAUUCCGGAGCAAACCAACAGUCUGCAGUCUGAGCUCCAGGCCUACUACAUCAAGAUCGCCAGCCUGGUUUUGGGCGAGGUGCGUCAGCGGCUCCCGGAGCACCCGGCCGCCGCCUGGGAUACGUGCAAGCAGAACCCGUUCGGACCCACGCUGUGGACAGACGACCAGACGCUGCAACUGCUGGACGUGCUGAACGUCGUGCUGUAUGACCAGCUCGCCCUGAUGGAGGACGAUGGACCGAAGGACGGACCGGCCGCCGAGCUGAGCACACUUCUCUUCGUGCGCCAUCGCCACUUUCGCCGUGCCGGUUCGAGGGUGCAGACUGUGAUGGCCACCGUCUACUGCUCUGUGGCUGGCAUGCUGGGUGUGAACCUCCACAACGUGCAGCUCCCGCACAGCUGGAUGAUCUGCUGGCACAAAACGGACGGUGAACAGUACCUGUUCAUCGACGUUGUGCGCCGCGGCUUGCAGCUGUCCAGGGAGCAGGCGCUGGAGGAGCUGAAUGCCCUCCAACCGGGAGUCGACCUCCAGAUGCUGGAACCUGUCCCCAGAGAGAGGUUGCUGAGGUACGUGAUCCAGUGCGCCACCCAGCCGGAUCCCUGCCGGCCAGGGACCGACUUUGACUUGGCCUCGGUCGAGACACUGGCCUGCUGGGCCCGCAGCGACUGCCGCCUGGACACGGCCGCGCUCGUCGACCUGAUGUCCGCCCUGGCUCGUACCAGACCCAUGUACACACGCCGCCUGCUGCAGCAAUUCAUCCAGGCUAAUGCAUCAUACCUGAUGGAAGACGACAGGCGUUGCUUGCAAGUACUCGUGAAGGACCUGAAGAGGAAGUACAAGCGAUUGUUGCUCUCCCUGGAGAAACAAGAGACCAAGGUCCAGGAGCUGGUGAGCCUCCGCGCGGCAGGCCAAGCAGUGGGCGACUAUCCGAGGCAGUUCGGCGUCGGUGACGUCGUCACGCGCGGCGACGGGCACCUGGCUGUGGUGUACGGCUGUUCACCACACUACGAGGUCUCACAGGACUGGAUGGAGGAGCGUCGCGUCAACUCCAGACUACAGCGUGGAGCCAACCAGCCCUUCUACAGACUACUGCUGGAGGUGGAUCAGUUCGGAUACGUGGCCGAGGAGGAGCUCCAGCUGGCCCCAGAUCCCAGCCUAUUGAUCACCAAGGAGUGGUCGCUUCUUCACCCGGUUCGACGGGGAGCGGUACCAGCCGAUCACUCCUCUGGCCAUUCGCUUCCCUGA